AUGGGAACACGACAAAUGCAAAGGCCAGUUGUCAUCUUCAGCAUCCGUAUCUUCAGAAAAGUUUGUGCCCUCGGGACGAAGACGAAUACACCUAUCGCCAUGACUUCUUUUCAUAUCACGGCGCUAUACAGUGCCCUCCUGCUCCUGCUGCUGUCUGCUGCUGUCGCCGAAGAGUGCCUGCCGCGUCUGUCGUCGCUGUCUAAGCGCCCGGAGCCGAACUGCAGCGACGGGCGACAGUCGAUCUCGGUGGUCGUGACCGUGGACAACGGGUGCAUCUUCCGCUCGCAAGAAAUGACGCUGUGUUUCAGUGAGAAGCCCCGUGUGUGGGAGGUGAGAAGGUGUGUGAGGGCAGAUAUUCAAGCUUGCACGGAUGACGAAGACUUUGAAGCUUGCGCGCAGAAGGUGUUUGAUGAGUGCAAGGGGGGGUUCACGUUUACGGGGGCAUCUUCUAGCAUUUCAAGUUCGAGGGAAUGCUGCAGGUUUUAAUGGGGUUGAAGGGAGGGCCAGGCGUGCUUUGGUUUAGCGUGUUGGUGAGUAAAGAUAGCUGCGUUAAAAUGGGGGGAAUUUCAUUUUUGCUUUUUGCAUCGUAAAGAAGAGACAUUCGAAAA